GAGGAGACAGAGCAGGAUGGGGAGGACGAGGAAGAGGUGGAGGAGGAGGAAAAUAAAGAAGAAGAGGUGGUGCCGUGGUGGAGGAGCUCGAGAUAUGCAAGAGAGAAGGAGAGGGUGAAGGAAAAGGAGGAGGAGAAAGAAGAGGAGGAUGAGAAAGAUGGGGAGGAGGAUGGGGAAGCGGGGAAGGUGGAGGAGGUGAAAGAUGAAGAGGAGACAGAGCAGGAUGAGGAAGAGGAAGAGAAAGAGUUGGAGGAGGCAAAGAUUGAAGAGGAGGAGAAGGAGGAGGAGGCUGAGGAGGAGACAGAGAAGGAUGGGGAGGAAGAGAGAGAGGUGGAGGAGGAGGAAAAUAAACUAGAAGAAGUGGUGCCGUCGUGGUGGAGCUCGAGGUACGCAGGAGAGAAGGAGGAGGUGAAGGAAAAGAAGGAGGACAAAGAAGAGGAGCUGAUGAAAGAGUGGAGGAAGGACUGGAGACAGGCAGGAGAGAAGGUGGAGGAGGAGCACGAGGAGGAGGAGGAAGAGCAGGAUGAGGAGGAAGAGAAAGAGGUGGAGGAGGAAGAGAUUGAAGAGGAGGGGAAGAAGGAGGAGCAAAAUGAUGAAGAGGGAGCAACAGAGGAGAUUGGGCGGCAGAGGUCGGGGUCUAGGUUCCUUCUGCUCGACAGAGAUGAAGAGUAG